UCUGCCGCCCAUGGCCAGUGCAGGAGAGGAGAGGCUGUGGAUGAGUUUACAAGGAGUCACCAAGAGGUAGAGAGAGGAGAGAAAAGCUGCAAUUUACUGUAACAUCAAGAUGGACAUGAAAGUGGAGGUAUGCAAGGAGCAAAGGGCUGCAAAUGUUAAAGAGGAGGACAGUGAAUGGCAGGAGAAUCUCUGCAUUAAAGAUGAGGACUGUGAACUGGGGUCAGUGGGCCUUAAAGAAGAGGCUAAAGAGAAAUGUUUCAGCAUUGAGACACACACACACAAACGUGUGGAGAGCGUUAAAGAAGAAGACCUUCAGUAUGGGUGUUCUGAUGAAGUUGUGACCGGGUUAAUCUUUUCUCAAAGCAGACACUGUUUGUCUCUGGAGCAUCCAAUCAAUGUAAAGUCAGAGUCUGACACAAAGAGGAGUGAGGGAAUUUCACCUGUUAGAAAUCUGAUAGAUCAGCCUGGAGAAAGAGACAGACCUCACUGCUGUUCUGAAUGUGGGAAACGAUUCCUUUACAGGGGUAAUCUUCAAAAUCACAUAAGGUCUCACAGGGAGAAGCUGUAUCGUUGUUCUGAAUGUGGCAAGCAAUUCACGACAAGCUCCAAUCUUCAUACACAUAAAAAAGUUCACACGGGAGAGAAGCCAUAUUGGUGUUCUGAAUGCGGGAGACAGUUUUCACGAAAAGACACUCUUUCCAAGCACCAAAAAAUUCAUAUGAAAGAGAAGCCUUACUGCUGUUUUGAAUGUGGCAAACAAUUUUGCUCAAAGAGUAGUCUUCAGCGGCACACUAGAAUCCACACUGGAGAGAAGCCGUAUUGCUGCUUGGAAUGUGGGAAACAAUUUUUUCACAAGGCCAGUCUUCAGAAACACACUGGAAAGAAGCCCUAUUCCUGUUUGGAAUGUGGCAAACAAUUUUGUAAAAAGAGUACUCUUCGACAACAUACUAGAAUCCACACUGGAGAGAAGCCAUAUCGGUGCAUAGAAUGUGGCAAAGGAUUUUCACGAACCAACAGUCUUAAGUGUCACAUAAGAAUCCACACUGGAGAAAAGCCAUAUUGUUGUUCAGAAUGUGGCAAACAUUUCACAAACAGGAGCACCAUUUUCAGACAUGCAAAAAUUCAUAUAGGAGAGAAGCUGCAUUGCUGUUCUGAAUGUGGCAAAAAGUUUUUAGGAAAAUGCCAGCUUAAGCGGCACAAAGAAAUUCAUGUGAGAGAGAAGCCGUACUGCUGUUCUUUGUGUGGCAAACAUUUUUCACGUACUGAUAGUGUUAAGAGACACAGUAGACUUCAUACAUGAGAAAGGAGAGAUGAAAUAAUGAAGAUCAUGCCCAGAGGUGUGGCAUUGGAAGGUGUGAGAUCCCAUAAAGUCCUAGCCAAAAUACAACAGUUGGAAUAGCAGUCUUGUCUAUUAACAUAUGAACUUUAUGGUAGUAAAGAAUACAUUUUUAAGAUACAAAGAAAGGGUACGGAACAGCCUACUGUAGGAUAAUUGAACGAGAUCCUUUAGAAUGUUAAGUGGGGUUAUACCGAGUGUAACUCUUCCACCAGAAUGUUAUGAGUGCAUUCAGGGGGUUCAGAGUCCUUGCGAGAGCAUAAGGGACCCUCUGAGAGUUAAAAAACAUAACCAGAAAUUCAAAAAUCUACUGGCCAACGAGUUAAGUGCAGAGCCAAAAAGGGACAAUCUUGAAAACAAAAUGAAAGCCAAAACCCCCAAACCAAAUCCCGUGAAAGAAUUUUCAAACAACAUUUGGAUGACUUUCAGUCUCAACAACUGUGUCGGGGGAAAUUAUAUACUGAAAAUAUCAACCUUGAGUAGGAGUGUAGCUUUAGAAAUUUGCACUCAGAAGAAAGUGUUCAGUACUUUUUGAAUUAAGGAAGGUGCAGCCAUAAAUCAUAAGGCACUAAGGCGGACAUUCGGCAAAGAGUACACCAGCAGAACAAAAAGGACCCUCAGGAGGUCCUUCACUGCACACGACACAAUUCAAUCAAUUGAUUCAUCGGUAGGAAAAAAAAAAAAAAACCUUCUAGGUAGGGGUCUCUAGUGAAUGAAUUGUGUUACAAAUGUAUAAUCCAAUAAUAAAACAAUACACAGUGUACAUGAUAAAAUACAGUAUAAAGUUAUAUUCUAAACAUCUUGAAAGUUCAUAUUGUAAAACUGUCCUCCUUGCAAGCACAAAGCAUAGUAAAAAUGCAUAAUUGCAAUAAGGUGAUACAAAAAGAAUUGCAUUCUUUGUUCUUGAGUCAUGAGUCAGUUUGAAAAUCAAGCGAACAAGUAUUAUAAACCUCGUUCUUGUGUUAAGAAAAAUUUAUAGUUUGAGAAUCAAGUGAAUGAGAAUUGUUUCCUGUUUGCAGAUAAUGAUUAAGUUUGAAAAUGAAAUUAAUGAGAAUUAUGCAUCUCGUUCUCCGGUAAUGAAUUAGUUCAAUAAUCAACUCCUGUCGAUCUCCACUGCCUCAAAUCAUUCCUGCUCAUGAAUCGAUUCAUGUGACCCACUAACUACGAAUGAAUCAUUUGUGAAUUGCCUGCCACUCAUUGUGAGUUCAAAGUGAGAAGGCAACCCUGAUUAAAAAAAAAAAAAA